AUGUGGCCACAAACCAGACACACCGUGCUAGCCCUCCUAGCGACAGCCACGUCCACCGCAGCCGUGACCACCAUCCCCGACAAUGAGAUGAACAGCCUCAUCAGCCACGGCGCCGUCUCACUCGCAACCCGAUACGCCCCUCUCUGGUUCUUCAGCCAAGCAGUCAACCAACCACCCUGCUACCCCACGUGGGCGUUCGGCGGCACCCCAAACGCGUCAGAUAUCUACGACGCGAGGCACCGCACCCCCGCAGCGCCGCAAUGCGAGUACCCCGACGUCGGAUGCAAAUGCCGCAAGCCGGGCGUGGAGCGCGGCCAUCCCGGCCCCGCGUUCCCGAUCUACUACACGUUCGCGAGGUGCAGCGAGUCCGAGGUGCGGGUGGUGUAUAACCUGUUCUAUGAGAAAGAUGGCGCCGAGGUGUUGGAUUUGAUUGAUACCGGGCAUGACUACGACUGGGAACGAGUCAUCGUCAUCCACACCCGAAACGCAAACCGCACAUGGGCGCCAUCGCGCGCCCUCCUCUCAGCCCACAGCGGCUACCACAAUCUGCCCUGGGGAAGUAUCCACAACACGCUGACGAGCGCGCAAAUCCUCGCUGGAAGCGCCAGGCUGCCUGACGGGGUCCAGAAUAAUGAUCAUCCGAAGGUGUAUGUCUCGUGGUCGAAACACGCGCACUUCGAUACCCGGAAUACCGUCUGGGUGGAUCCGCUCAGUCAGUCGCUCGAUACGGCGUUUCGCGGUCAGGACUGGUGGCAUUUCGUCGAGGAGAGGUAUUAUAUUCGCGCGGAUAAUUCGACGGCCGCGGGGAAGGCGCUGGGGAGUGCCAAUUGGGGGUCCGCGACGAGUAAUCCGCCCUUUGUGCAGAUGGGGAAAAUGUCCUGGACCCAAAAAACAUUCACCCUCCCCGCGCGCUCGCGCGGCAGCUACCUGAUAACCGACCAAGUGAUCUCCGAGCUGCCGGAACUGCGCAACUACAAGGUCGGCAUCCUGAACCUAUUCGUGCAGCACACCAGCUGCGCGCUCUCGCUGAACGAGAACUGGGAUGACGAUGUGCGCGCCGACAUGAGUGACGCGCUGGACCGCAUCGCGCCGUACGAUAAGAAGGGCAAUCUGUAUAGGCAUUCCGCGGAGGGGGAGGAUGAUAUGCCGGCGCAUAUCAAGUCGGCGUUGAUCGGGGCUUCGGUUUCGAUUCCCAUCUCCAAUGGACGCCUGGCGACGGGGACGUGGCAGGGGAUUUGGUAUUUGGAGUUUCGCGCGGCGAAGCACUCGCGUAAGGUGGUGGCUACGAUUCAGGGGGAGAAGGCGUGA